UGAAAUGGAUAUCUGGAUCCCUCAGCCUUUCCACGCCGAGGUGCCCGCCGAUUGGUGGGACAGCGAGGCAGACAAAUCGCUGCUCAUCGGCGUCUUCAAACACGGUAAGCCCCCCCCCCCCGCUGCUUCGGCUUCACUGGUGUUCCCAUAGCGACCACAGAGCACAGCUGGCUGUGAGACACCAGGAGAUUGAUUGAUGGCCAUAGGAGAUUGAUUGAUGGCCGUGUCCAGCCGCCCAAGAAGAGGCUGUCGAGGUGUGUGUGGACCUGUUCUAAUCUAUCUAGUUCAUGGUUAGCCAGUGUUUUAUCACCACAGUUGGUUGAUGCACUUCUCUGUAUGAUCUAGCUGGUUUAGAUUGGACCAUUUUAAUUGUAUUACUGUGCCAAACAAGAUUACAAGACAGAAUUGUAAUGAUCUAGUAGUGGCAAUUGUAUUGAUGGUGAUUAAUAUUAAUUUGGGAUAAUUGUCAUUAUUCUCUAAUUGCCACCCCGUGCCUCAGCCCUGACGCGCGCACGCACACACACACACACACACACACACACACACACACACACACACACACACACACACAGGCGCUGUCUCAAACACACAUAGAUACAAUAGAGCUAGCUUAUAGUUAAUCAUAAUCCUCAUUCACUUGGGAGGCCUGGGGAGGAAGCUGCUCUCUGCCUCACACCGUACAAACACACACUGCCUAACUCACUCAUGCACCGCACACACUGUCUCACACACACACACACACUCUCACAUGCACCGCACACACUCUCCAGGACUGUGAGAGGGAAGAGUGAUGGCCUAUAAACCCCCUCAUGAUUAGCGCUUUGCUCGGGGCGCAGCGGCGGUUAGGAACAAUGUGUCACCGCAUAAAUCCUAAUUGAAAUGUGAUGUUCUGCCGGGGGCUUUGGGGAGAGGGGGGAGAUGGAAGGAGAGGGCGGCGGCUGAUGGUCUGGUCUGCUCACUGUUGUCCAGCCUGUGCUUCUCUCCCUCCUCCCACCCGCCGUGCUUAGUGGGAUCUGCAGGCUCUAAUCUGUUCUGCUUGGACAGCUCCAACGGGCACUUCUCUCUCUCGUUCGCUCACACGCACACACACUUGGGCAAAGGCGCGCACACACUUGGGCAAAGGCGCACACACACACACACACUUAGACACAAAGAUUUUCUUGCACACACACCCACUGAGACACCCAGUCAGACACACACUCCAACAGGCGCUGCCCUCUGUCUGCAUCUGGGCCCUGGGGUCGGGCUUUCUGUUUUCUCUCCUCUUCAUCUCCGUUUGAUACGGAUACGGCAGUUGGGUUUUAUUCUGAUUCUGAACUUCAUAAUGGUUUAGUUUUAACACUAUUUGUUUGCAAGCGGGUCCUUUUGGCUUGGUCUUGCAUCUUUCAUGAUUGAUGCUUAGAUAUUUUCCAUUUGAAUUGUCAGUCAAACUGGGCUCAGUUCUUGGCCUUGUUCCUGUGCAUUUAUAUUCCCAGUCAUAAUAAUUAAAUAAUCUCUCACCCACCCUCUCUUCUCCUCCCCGGAUGUGAAAAGUUGAACUCUGUAAUUCAAUCACUGUCUUACCCAUUUUCUCUCAUCCUCUCCUGUCUUUUUCCAUCUUCCUGACUCUCUUCCUGUCUGUCUAUCCAGGCUACGAGAAGUAUAACUCUAUGCGUGCUGACCCUGCGCUGUGUUUCCUGGAGCGAGUGGGCAUGCCCGACGCCAAGGCCAUCGCUGCAGAGCAGAGGGGGGCGGACAUGAUGGCAGAUGGUCCGGAGGGGUAAGACACUCAGCCAAAAUUCACCACCACACCUCCUCUUUCUUUUCGACCUCCUGUCUCUCACUCUCCAUGUUUUCAUCCUUUCUCUCCCACCACCUCUUUUCUUUUUAUCCCGGCCUCCUGUCUCCCUCAUCUUUCCAUCUUCUCUGCCUUUCUCUUCCUGUGUUCCUCUCUUUUUAUCCCGGCCUCCUGUCUCCCUCAUCUUUCCAUCUUCUCUGCCUUUCUCUUCCUGUGUUCCUCUUUUUUUCUCUGCUCCUUUGUUUGAUUCUGUUUUUAAGUUGAAGACUAAUUUCUCACUCUUCUGUCUCUCUUUCUCUCCAUCCCUGGUUCUUUGUGUCUACAGAGAGGAUGAGGACCCAGAGUACAAGCCUCUCCGCAUGCCCUUUAAAGAUGAGAUGGAGGACUUCACUAACUCGCCCCUGGAAGACAAAGAGGAAGCUGUGGACGUUGAGAGUGGUGAAUGUAAGUGGAUGACUGGCGAUCUAGGCUGGCUAGCUUUGUCAUUAUAUAACAAAACACCACCAUUUGGGAUAAGUUGAAUAAAAAGGUUGAAAAUAACAUUUGCUAGCAAUCUGAUACAAAUCAGGAGAGGAUUUACUAUCCAUCAGUCCAUCAUUUAAAUGAUUCAUUUAAACAUUUCUAUUUUAUAUAUAAAACCACCGAUGUGCGCAUCCAAAGAAACCAGAGUUGCUCUUCAGAAUCAUCUCCAACAGUAUGCAGACAAAUGUAGUAGUCCUAGUCCUAAUAUUCCACCUUCUCCUCCCAGCUAAACCAGGUGAGAAUGUAGCAGGCAGCAGAGGGGCGGGUCGUCUGUACUGGCCGGCGGCCUCAGUCCUCACCGCUAGACUCCGCCGCCUCAUCACGGCCUACCAGCGCACACACAAAAGGGAGCAGCUCCGCCAGGAGGCCAUGGCCCGGCCCGACGGACGCCGCCGCCGCCGGCCCCGAGAACAACUCUUCUCCCUGGUCACAGAUGGAGGAGGGGCCUACGUGCAGGAGGAUGUAGCCUUCAUGGCAGAGGGAAGUCCUUAUAUGGCCAAGGGCGGAGCUUUUAUGCCUGAGGCGACGGCACUCCUGGCGGAAGGAGGGGCCUUCUUCAAAGAGAGGCGUCAGAGGUAUGGAAACAUUGAAUGGUUUGAUUUAUUAGAUGUUUUAUAGGCACACUUCCAUCCAGAUCUCUUAUGACAUGCUGUACAAGAUAAACAAUAUGAACAGUUUAUGAUCACUUGUGUAUAAUAAACAGUACAAUUUGUUAGCCUGCUGUAUAGAAGGCGUUACAGUCGAGAGCUUCUUGUAGUUCUAUCAACUGUUCCUGUACGAUUGUUUGAGAAGCCAUGCUUUUAACAUGAUGUACUACAGUACCCAUAAUGCUCCAGUCUCCUUAUCAAUACACUACUCAUGCAUUGCUUUCUGUCCCAUUGGUUGUUGGAUUAACCCUUCCCUUGUCUCGUUCCCUGAGAUGGACCAGGCGUGAGGAAUCAGACUUCUACCGGGUGGUGUCCACCUUUGGCGUGAUCUAUGACACGGACCGCCAGCGCUUUGACUGGACCCAGUUCAGGGCCUUCGCCCGGCUGGACAAGAAGAGUGACGAGAGCCUGGAGAAAUACUACUUCUCCUUCGUGGCCAUGUGCAAGCGGGUGUGUCGCAUGCAGGUCAAGGCCAACACAGGUAAGGGCCCUCAAUUAUCUAGUUCUGAUGUGUCUCCGUACAACAACCCUCACUCAUAGUUAAAUUUGCUUGCGCUAAAGCAAAGGACCUUUCCCUGAAAAGACAGAUGAACAACUAUUUUCCUUUCUCACCACCUCUCUCUUUAUCCCCUCUGUUUUCCAUUCCCCAUCUCUCUCUCCCUCCCUCCCCCCACCCUCUUCCUCCCUCCCUCCCCCCACCCUCUUCCUCCCUCCCUCCACCCUCUUUCUCCCUCCCUCCCCACACCCUCUUCCUCCCUCCCUCCCUACCUCCUCCCUCCCUAUCCCCUUCCUCCUUACCCCCACCCUCUUCCACCCUCCCCCCUUCCUCCUUACCCCCACCCUCUUCCACCCUCCCCCCUUCCUUACCCCCACCCUCUUCCACCCUCCCCCCUUCCUCCCUACCCCCACCCUCUUCCACCCUCCCCCUUCCUCCUUACCCCCACCCUCUUCCUCCCUCCCUCCCCCCCACCCUCUUCCUCCCUCCCUCCCCCCCACCCUCUUCCUCCCUCCCUCCCUACCUCCUCCCUCCCUAUCCCCUUCCUCCUUACCCCCCACCCUCUUCCACCCUCCCCCUUCCUCCUUACCCCCACCCUCUUCCACCCCUCCCCCCUUCCUCCCUUACCCCCACCCUCUUCCCACCCUCCCCCCUUCCUCCCUACCCCCACCCUCUUCCACCCUCCCCCCUUCCUCCCCUACCCCCCACCCUCUUCCACCCUCCCCCUUCCCUCCUUACCCCCACCCUCUUCCCACCCUCCCUCCCUACCCCCCCACCCUCUUCCACCCUACAACCCACCCUCUUCCACCCUACACCCACCCUCCCUCCCUACACCCACCCUCUUCCUUCCUCCCCCCCACCCUCUUCCUCCCUUCCCCCACCCCCACCCCCCUCCCUUCCCCUACCCUCUUCCCCCCCCACCCUCUUCCUCCCCCCCUCCUUACCCCCACCCUCUUAUUCCUUACCUACCCCCACCCUCUUCCUCCCCCCCUCCCUACCCCCCACCCUAUUCCUCCCUCACUCUCUUUUCUGUCUGGCAGAGCUCCCAGACCCUACCCUGAUAAUCGACCCCAUCACGGAGGAGCGCGCCUCGCGCACCCUCUAUCGCAUCGAGCUGUUGCGCCGCAUCCGUGAGCAGGUGCUGCCCCACCCCCUGCUGGGCGAGCGCCUGCGCCUCUGCCAACCCAGCUCAGACCUGCCUGAGUGGUGGGACUGCGGCCGGCACGACCGCAACCUCCUCCUGGGCGCCUCCAAGCACGGCGUGAGCCGCACUGACUACCACAUCCUCAACGACACUGCGCUGGGCUUCCUGGAGGCCCACAGGAAGUUCACCCAGGGGGGAUCGGCUGGGGUGCCUCAGCCGCCCCGUGAUGGAGCUCCCUCCACUGCUUCUCCCUCCUCCACUGAGCAGGCCACAGCUACUGCUGGUGCUGAGAAAUCCUUACCUGUCAAAGAGGAGGAAGGUGAGGAAGAAGGGAAGGAGAUGAAAGAGGAAGGUGACGACGACAUUCCAUGUACUAAAACCGAGAAACCAGACGAAGGCAAGGAGGAAGAAAUGGAGGCGGAGAAGGAAGGUAAGGCUGGGUCUCCCAAGAAGGUGAAGGAGGAGGAAGAGAAGGGAGAGGCGAAAGAGAAAGAGGAGAAAAUGAAGGUCAACGGCAAUGCUGACGGAGAGACUUCCAUGGAGGCCAAUGCUGACGGAGAGACUUCCAUGGAGGCCAAUGCUGACGGAGAGACUUCCAUGGAGGCCAAUGCUGACGGAGAGACUUCCAUGGAGGCCAAUGCUGACGGAGAGACUUCCAUGGAGGCCAAUGCUGACGGAGAGACUUCCAUGGAGGCCAAACCUGAGAAGGAGUACAAAGCUCCCACUGAGGAGACCAAGGACCAGUACAAAAAGCUGGAAUUCCAGGAGAAACCAGAGUCUCCUAAAGCAUCAGAAAACCAGGAAACCAAGAAGGAAGAGCGAGAGGAGAAAGAAGGAAGCCCAGCCAAGUCUCCCAAGUCUCCUAAACCAGUGGCUGAGAAAGGCCCCGAAGAGGAGGAUGAGGAGAAGAUGGAGGAAGACGACAAGUCUGAGAAGUCCUCUCAAGCUGAAGGUAGGUCCUACUUCUAAUUCUAUUGCUUAAAUAAGGCUUUUCACAAGGGAAAAGUGAGUCUGUAAAAGUCUAGACAAUAAACAGUUGGGCCAUGCAAGUGCAUCAUUCAUAACUACUGCUUUAUGUUGAAGCCAGCCACAACACAGUUGGUGGCUGUGUGUAGUUGGUCUUCUUUAGAUGGCAUUUAGAAAGGACUACAUGGCUGUGUAUUUGUAUACUUAAGCUGCUUAGGCUUGCGUUGAGGACACACUGUAUGGCCCUUGUAGUAUUCUGCUGUGUCUAGUAUUAAGUACUAUAUAUGAAGCCAUUUGUAGAUUCUCCUGUGGCUGGUAUUGACUAAGCACGUGUCGUUUUUCAGCGGGCGCCACCUCGGAGCAGAAGAACUUUGACGAGGAGAGCAACGCCUCACUGAGCACCACUGCCAGAGACGAGACCCGCGAUGGGUUCUGCCCCGAGGACGGAGAACCCUCAGCCAUCCAGGCCCUCCAGGAGAGAACCACCUCCUCCUUCUGGCCUAAGGUUGGUAGAAAACGUAUAUACAUUCAGUCAGAUAUACAUUCUCAUAUUUAUUAAUGUAGUUGUGAAAUAUAUAAACACACAAAUGAAAACACACGUCAUGUUGACCAUUGAGAAGAACAAAAUAUACAAAUAGAUAUAUAUUUUUAACAUAUUUAUUCAAAUACAUAAAAACACACACAUUGUGGGGACUGUCGGUGGACCGUAGGCGCACACUAUAAACACAGUGUACAAAACAUUAAGAACACCUGCUCUUUCCAUGACAGACUGACCAGGUGAAGGCUAUGAUCCCUUAUCGAUGUCACUUGUUAAAUCCACUUCAAUCAGUGUAGAUGAAGGGGAGGAGACUGGUUAAGGAAGGAUAUUUAAGCCUUGAGACAAUUGAGACAUGGCUUGUGUAUGUGUGCCAUUGAGGGUGAAUGGGCAAGACAAAAUAUUUAAGUGCCUUUAAACGGGGUAUGGUAGUAGGUGCCAGGCGCACCGGUUUGUGUCAAGAACUGCAACGCUGCUUGGUAUCAAGAAUGGUCCACCACCCAAAGGACAUCCAGCCAACUUGACACAACUGUGGGAAGCAUUGGAGUCAACAUGGGCCAGCAUCCUUGUGGAACGCUUUCGACACCUUUUAGAGUCCAUGCCCCGACAAAUUGAGGCUGUUCUGAGGGCAAAGGGGGGGCGCAACUCAAUAUUAGGAAGGUGUUCCUAAUGUUUGGUAUACUCGGUGUACAUAAAGUACUCCUUGGACAGAGUGUUAAAGGGAUACUUCAAUAUUUUGGCAAUGAAGCCCGUUAUCUUCUUCCCCAGAGUCAGGUGAACUCGUGGCUAUCAUUUUUAUGUCUACGCGUGCAGUUUGAAGGAAGUUGCUAACUAGCAUUAGCGUAACUGCUAGCAUGCUAGUAGAUCAACUAUAUAUACAAAAGUAUGUGGCCACCCCUUCAAAAUAGUGGAUUAGGCUAUAUCAGCCACACCCAUUGCUGACAGGUGUAUAAAAUCAACCACACAGCCAUGCAAUCUCCAUAGACAAACAUUGGCAAUAGAAUGGCCUUACUGAAGAGCUCAGUGACUUUCAACGUGGCACCGUCAUAGGAUGCCACCACCUCAAAUUUCUGCCCUGCUAGAGCUGCCCCGGUCAACUGUAAGUGCUGUUAUUGUGAAGUGGAAACGUCUAGGAGCAACAACGGCUCCGCCGCGAGGUGGAAGGCCACACAAACUCACGUAACGGGACCGCCGAGUGCUGAAGCACGUAGUGUGUAAAAAUCGUCUGUCCUCUGUUGCAACACUCACUACUGCGUUCCAAACUACGUCUGGAAGCAACGUCCGCACAAGAACUGUUCGUCGGAAGCUUCAUGAAAAGGGUUUCCAUGGCCGAGCAGCCGCACACAAGCCUAAGAUAACCAGGCACAAUGCCAAGCGUCAGCUGGAGUGGUAUAAAGCUCGCCACCAUUGGACUCUGGAGCAGCGGAAACUCAUUCUCUGGAGUGAUGUAUCACUCGUCACCAUCUGGCAGUCCGACGGAAGAAUCUGGGUUUGGCGGAUGCCAGGAGAACGCCACCUACCCCAAUGCAUAGUGCCAACUGUAAAGUUUGUUGGAGGAGAAAUAAUGGUUUGGGCUAGGCCCCUUAGUUCCAGUGAAGGGAAAUCUUAACGCUACAGCAUAUAAUGACAUUCUAGACGAUUCCAACUUUGAGGCAACAGUUUGGGGAAGGCCCAUUCCUGUUUCAGCAUGACAAUGCCACUGUGCACAAAGAGGUCCAUACAGAAAUAGUUUGUCGAUCGGUGUGGAAGAACUUGACUGGCCUACACAGAGCCCUGACCUCAACCCUAUUGAACACCUUUGGGAUGAAUUGGAACGCCGACUGCGAGCCAGGCCUAAUCGCCCAACAUCAGUGCCCAACCUAACUAAUGCUCUUGUGGCUGAAUGGAUGCAAUGUUCCAACAUCUAGUGGAAAGCCUUCUCAUAAGACUGGAGGCUGUUAUAGAAGCAAAGGGGGGACCAACUACAUAUUAACGCCCAUGAUUUUGGAAUGAAGUUUUCGCCGAGCAGGUGUCCACAUACUUUUGUAAUGUAGUGUACCAUAGACGUCCCGUCAUUGCCAUUAGCGACUUCCUACAACUGCACGUAUAGACGUAAAAAUGGUAUCCACGAGUUCAUCUGACUCUGGGGAAGUAGAUAAAGGGCUUCAUUGCCAAAAUACCGACGUAUCCCUUUAAGUUCUGUAUUGAUAUAACACAGAAAUCAGUUUAUGUAAAGAAAAACAAGCGAAAAGCCCUGUUCAAGUCAGACCUCACUCCAUCAUGAAAGUACUUGUCCAGUCCUCUAGUGGGAUUGUAUAAAAAGUUCCAACCCCUUCUCUAGAAUUAACCCAUUCAUCUCUGCUCUGUCUCGACCUUCCAGGACCGUGUGAUGAUCAAUCGCAUGGACAACAUCUGUGAUGCGGUCAUCAAGGGCAAGUGGCCCGCCAACCGACGUCAGUUCUUCGAUUUCCCAGGCCUGUUGCCUGGAUACCCCGGCCCCAUGGUGUCUGAAAGCCCCACGCAGAGGCGGAGCCUGGCUGAACUGUCGACGGCAGCGGCCGCUCAGACCAGCUUCAGCGGCAGCGAGGACCUCACCCACUCGCCCCAGGUUAAUGUAAGUCGCUAGCUAUGCCCCCGAAACCGCUAACCGAAGACUCUAUCCCUGCCCUCCCAAGGUAGAUUUAGUUUGUUCUGACUGCACAAUUUAUCAAAAUAUUAGUCCUUAACAAUAAAUUGAUUUAAGUUAAUCAACAAUCUCUCCCUCCUUCCCUCUCUUCUUCCCUUCGUACAGGAGGAUGCUCUGAGCAUAUUGCCGAAGCAGCGUCGUCGCAGGCGGAGGAAGGUGGAGAUAGAGGCAGAGCGUGCAGCCAAGCGCAGGAACCUGAUGGAUAUGGUGGCCCAGCUCAGAGAGUCUCACGCUGCAGAGUCCCAGAGCCAGGCCAUGGAUCUUACCAAGGCAGGGUCUUUAGAAUUAUGAAUGAAUACUAAAUUCAGAAAUUAGAAUUAUGCAUAACUUUUUACAACUGCAUUGUAUAAUUUUUUUAAUUAUAGUUUUGGGUCAGGUCCCUGAAUUUUUUAUUUUUUUUUUAAAUCUUUUUAAUCUCAAUGGGAUCACGUGUAUGAGUAAAAUGGAUCCCAUUAAAAUAUAAUGUAUUAUAUAUCAUAACAUCUAUUUAUAUAAGUUAAUCAAAUAUGUAAAGCACUAUGGACUGUAUUCUAUUAAAGUUGCCAUAUAAGUAUUGUAUUUUAGUCUAUUAAUUGACUCCUAAAAGUUUCCAUACCUUUUAUUCUUCUCCAGGGUAUUAUGCACCAGCACCUCAAGUCGUCAGCGUCGUCCCUGGUGAGCUACUCCAGCAGCAUGGUGUCGCCUGCUGCCCUCAAGGCACAGAUGGAGCAGCUGCAGGCGGCCACGCCUUCCAGACACAGGGCCAACGGCUCAUUGGCCGAGGCUGACCUGCCCACCAGGAGGAGGCGGGGCCGCAGGAAAAAUGUGGAGGGGCUGGAGCUGCUGUUCAUGAGAGGAGCCACGGUACGGGACUCAUUACUAGAGAAAUACAGAUGGAUAAAGUUUUGAAUUAUUAAAGGAUGGAAAAGUAACAUUUUUGUAAAAUGCCCUGAACAUUGUACGGAUUGGAUAUUUUUGGGAAAAGGCAUGAUAUCUCAAUUAGACUAAACUACAUUCAAAUAAAUUUGAUAGGAAUGAAAACAUCAAAUUACACUGAACAAAAAUACAAAUGCAACUGUAAAGUGUUGGUUCCGUGUUUCAUGAGCUGAAAUAAAGAUCCCAGAAAUGUUCCAUACGCACAAAAAGCUUAUUGAUCUCAAAUUUGGUGCACAAAUUUGUUUACAACCCUGUUAAUGAACAUUUCUCCUUUGUCAAGAUAAUCCAUCCACCUGACAGGUGUGGCAUAUUAAGAAGCUGAUUAAACAGCAUGAUCAUUGAACAGGUGCACCUUGUGCUGGGGACAAUAAAAGGCCAUUCUAAAAUAUGCGGUUUUGUCACACAACACAAUUCCACAGAUGUCCAAAAUGUUGAGGGAGCGUGCAAUUGGCAUGCUGGCAUGCUGACUAAAUGAAUGUCCACCAGAGCUGUUGCCAGAUAAUUUAAUGUUAAUUUCUCUACCGUAAGCCACCUCCAACGUCGUUUUAGAGAAUUUGGCAGUACAUCCAACCGGCCUCACAACCGCAGACCAUGUGUAUGGCGUGGUGUAGCUCAGUUGGUAGAGCAUGGCGCUUGCAACGCCAGGGUUGUGGGUUCGUUUCCCACGGGGCGCCAGUAUGAAAAUGUAUGCACUCACUAACUGUAAGUCGUUCUGGAUAAGAGCGUCUGCUAAAUGACUAAAAUGUAAAUGUGUGGGCGAGUGGUUUGCUGAUGUCAACGUUGUGAACAGAGUGCCCCCCAUGGUGGCGGUGGGGUUAUGGUAUGGGCAGGCAUAAGCUACAGACAACAAAUACAAUUGCAUUUGUAUACAACGAAUCGAUGGCAAUUUGAAUGCACAAAAAUACCGUGACGAGAUCCUGAGGCCCAUUGUGAGGCCAAUUGUUUUUAAGGUAUUUGUGACCAAAAUAUGCAUAUCUGUAUUCCCAGUCCAUAGAUUAGGGCCUAAUUUAUUUAUUUCAAUUGACUGAUUUCCUUAUAUGAACUCAGUAAAAUCGUUGAAAUUGUUGCAUGUUGCGUAAUUUUUUUUCCAGUAUAUAUUUUUGAUGCAAAAAAUAUAUAUAAUAAAUACUCAAUAUUAUGAUUAAAUUUUACAUGGUAAUGAACAAAUAGCUUCUCCUGCCUUCCCCCAACAGGAGGAUUCCGAGAGGACCAAAGCUUCAGUGGAGGGGGUGCAGAUGCCCCCACGUUCCCACCGCCACAACAUUCCCAGCACCUCCGCCCGUGUCCCCUCUGUCAGCGCUUUAGAGGACGGGGAGGCUGGUACCCCCUCUAACAAAGACCUGAGGGACUGGCUCAGACAGCACCCCACAUACACCAUGGACAUGCCUACUGCAUACACACCAGUAUGUACUUGACAUGUUUUUUUGUAUACAAUAUUUUUAUCAGAUUUCCCUAUCCAGUGGAACUAUCCAUCAAUGUCGAAUAUGACUUACCCCUUACCUUCAACCCCCUGUUCCCUAUCCUAAAUCAAAUCUUUCAGUGAUUCAAUAUAACAUUUAGCUAUUCCAUUUUAUAACAGUUGUAGUAUAUUAUGAAGUGUGAAAGAACCUCAGACGUCUGGUCCUGUCAUGGUUCCUAAACCCUGUCCCCUCUCUCCCGUCUCUUAAUGUAGAAGAGUGAGGAGACGCUCCUCUCCUCCCAGUUCCCCAAACCCAAGCAAAAGAGACACCGCUGCCGGAACCCAAACAAGAUCGACAUCAACACACUCACCGGAGAAGAGAGGGUUCCUGUGGUCAACCGGAGAAACGGAAGAAAGGUAUGGGCUCAUUUCGGUACAGAAAGGUUUGGGCUCAUUUCAGUACAAACCAAUCAAAUUAUCUUUUUCACAAAUGCAUUGGUCGCCGUUCAGCAACAGUUUCAAACACCUAAUUUGGCAUUCAAUUCAUAGCUAAACUGAAGGUAUUGGUAGCUUCUGAACCAUUUUGUUCCUCUUUCUUUCCCAGAUGGGUGGAGCCAUGGCACCUCCCAUGAAGGAACUGCCCAGAUGGCUCCUGGAGAACCCAGAUUUUGCCAUUGCUCCUGACUGGACUGACAUUGUCAAGCAAUCGGUGAGUCACUUGUCCUUCUCCCGUUUAGCCGUCAAAUGAUUUCAAUCAGCACUUGUUUUAGAUUUUGACCUUAUCUGAUGGAAUCUGAACAAGUAGUUUGAACUCUGUUUGAGCAGAAAUUGAUGCCUAAUCACUAAAUUGUAAUUGUCUGCCAUGAGUGUAACGUCGAACUAAUCGUGGUCUCCUCUCCCCUCCUUAGGGCUUCCUCCCUGAGGCCAUGUUCGACCGUCUCCUGACUGGGCCCGUGGUGCGUGAAGAGGGCGUCCGUCGUCGGGGAAGACGUCCCAAAUCGGAGAUUGCCAAGGCAACAGCGGCUGCUGCGGCAGCAGCCCAGGCUGCAUCCUCCGGAGGCCUUAACCCCCUGCUGAUAAACGGCCUGUUUGGAGGCAUGGACCUCACCAGCCUGCAGGGCCUACAGAGCCUCCAGAGUCUUCAGCUUCAGCUCAUGGGCUUCCCCGGCAUGGGGGGGACCGAUGCUAAACACGCCUCGGCCAUGCUGCCUCUCAUGCUGCCUGGCAUCGCUGGCAUGGCUGGUAUGGGCGGUCUGCCCAACAUGUUUGGCCUGGGAGGCCUGUUCGGAAGCAACCUGGCUGCAGCCGCCUCAGCUGCAGCCACCCCUGCUGCAGCCUCCAACGGCACCAACGACGAGGGCGAUUCAGACGAGACGUCGAAGAGAGACUCCAGGGAGGGUGGAGAAGCGAGAGAUGAGGAGAAAGAGGACACCGGGGAGGAGGCAGAGUCGAGCGAGGCUAAUGGGGAUGCCGCGGCUCUGAACAUGGCUGCUGCCGCUAUGGCCGCCUCUGGCAUGUCUGCUAACUCCCUGGCCUUCAACCCCUUCCUGCUGUCCACCAUGGCCCCGGGGCUCUUUUCCCCCUACAUGUUCCUGCCCCCUGGCCUGGGAGGUCUCACCCUGCCUGGCUUCCCCCACACUGCCCUGGCCGACCUGCAGAGUGCCAUGGCUGGAACAAUUGGGGCCGCCUCUGGAGCUCAGGGCCAGGAGAAAGAGCCCAGCCAGGUUGCCCUGGACUGCCCUGAUGCUGCUACCGCAGACCCAGAGACUGCUGAUGACAGUGACUCAGCUGAGAGCCUGGAGAAGACUGCAGAGUCGUCUGCGCUAGAAGACGAGGCCUCCGCAUUGGCCGAGGAAGCCGGCUCGCUGGAGGACCUGGCGGCCGAGGAAGAGGAGGAAGGAGAGGAUGCCCCUGAGGAAGAGAAGAGUGACUGAAACUAACUGGCCUUUGACCCCCCCCCCCCCCCCCCCCCCCCCCCGAGUGCUCUCACGACACGUUUACACACCAACUUGAUAUCCAAACAUAUAUUAAUUUGGUUUUUCUUUUCAUUGUUUUUGUUUGACAGGUAAAACAUUUAAUCGGGGAGAGCAUAUGUAGCUAAAGGGCUCUCACUGUAUUGUUAAUAGCGUAGUCAGGGAAAAA